GAAAUCACCGUCCAGUAUAAAACCCACAGCCAGGAGGGUUUAAAGAAAAACAGCGUACACUUUGUUGGAUCAACUGGUGACUGUUUGCGUAACGGUGAUGCGCAAAACCCAAAAAGAGAUAAAGUUUUACCACACAUAGAUAAAGGUAGUUGUUUUUAUAUUUUUGUUUUUUUCAAAAAGUUUUGGUUCGGGGUUGUUCGGUACAAACAGCAGACCUUUAACUGGUUUUAACUCGGCUGGACUAACAUGGCAGAGGGAGACUUCUACACGAUGGGAAGCCGGCAGAGGUUUCCCAGGGAUCCGUUUGGAGAGUCUCCGUUCAGGGAUCAGCUCGCGUCUCGGUUUAUGGAGGAUGACUUUGGGAUGCCCCCUUUCCCCGAUGAUUUGUCAAUGGACUGGCCGGGCUGGGCUCGGCCGGGCCGGCUCAGCACGCGCCUCAGUACCUCGCCCUUCAGCAGUACUUUACGCACAGGUUUCCCCCCGCGUCAGUCCACGGGAGGCCCCACGCUGUACACCAGUAGGUACGGCGAGCCUUCCUCCCGGAGCUCACCCACCACCACCGGGGGGGAACCCUGGAAAGUUUGCGUGAACGUCCACAGCUUCAAACCAGAGGAAUUAAGCGUCAAAACGAGAGACGGAUUUGUAGAAGUGUCAGGAAAACAUGAAGAGAAGCAGGAAGAAGGAGGCAUAGUGACAAAGAAUUUCACAAAGAAGAUACAGAUCCCGAUAGAUGUGGACCCACUGACCGUUUUCGCCUCCUUGUCCCCCGAGGGCGUCCUCAUCAUCGAAGCUCGGCAGACACCUCCAUAUUGCCUCUUCAGCAACGAGGGCUCCCAGGGUGGAGACGCACAGGAGGAGGAGGCAAUCAAGCCCCAAGAAACCCCUAUGGUCUAACCACCCCCCCCCCCCCCCCCCCUCCUCACUAACAUAACAAUUGUCAACAUCCUGCACAAUUGAUUACAAGUUUGAUAUGAAAUAUGUGGCCUUCAGGUUCAUGUUGUUAGACACCUGGAAUUAAAAUGUGUAAGGUAUGCUCGGGAAAGUCCUGUUUGAUGUCCUUAUUAAAGCUGCACAAGACAACACCUUCACACAUACAUGGUAUAGAUCUGCCACGGUGCAUCCAUUUUGAAUGUUGUCAGUCGAUAUAAAUAGGCUUUAUCAGUGGUUGUUGUCACAAUUAUGAUGCGUCAGACGGGCCAAACUGCACCUACUACGUUAUAAAAGUGAAUGAAACGCAACAUUUUGAAAACAAAAAUGCAGGCAACAAAACCUCUUGUUUAGGAAAAGAUUGUGGUUUGGCUGAAAAUGACUAGGUUUGUGACGUGAAAGUGAAACUCGAGAGAGCUACAAUGAAACGCCCAUUUAAUCGGCUGAUAACGUUCACACCAGGUGAAUGAAAAUUGAUGUUUAUUUGUAUUCUUGUCCCCAUGGUAUCUUUUAUUAUUAAAUUAUUACUGACCAGCUGGUUUGCUAAACAUUAGGUUCAAUUUCUUCUUUUCUUGUAGCCCCAGUGUGUGCCUCAUGUACCAUCGCGUGUAUAUCUAGAGAACUGCAUUUAGUGUUUUCCAAAGACCAAUUUCAAAGAUGUUCAAACAGGCAAUCAGUGUUAACUUGUCUUGUGCAGCUUUAUUAUUAUAUAUGGCUAUAUCCUGAGGUUAUGCAAUAGCUGUUGGGCCACUGAUACAUUAUAAGUCAAUAACCAGUAAAUUGACACGGUAUGCGAGUCAAAUUUAUAUUUGUAUUUAUAAUAACAUGCAAUUAAUUUAGUGGGACAGUCUUUGCAUUGAACGUAUUAUAUGUGAUAUCUUUGGUUAAAAAAAGAAAAAAAAAAGACAAAUGUGCCUUUAUUUACUUGAGUGCCUUGACUUCCUUCAGUUCUACAGUUGUUUAUCUUUUGAGUUAAUGAAUGUCACUUAAACUGACAAGAAACGAAAGUAAGUCACCUUUUGUGGCUUCAUUAGAGGGUGAAUUGUGUGCAUUAAUACUGUAUUCUACCAAAGUGUAUUGUAAAUAUACUUCAAUAUGUGCCAAUUUAUUAUACAUAUUAAUCUGAAGUGUUCCAGGUUUUGCAAUAUGGUUUGCAUUUUUUUUUCUUUUUCUAUUUGAGCAUUCAGGACGAUGGCUGCAUGAUUGUUUGAGCGGACAGACUCACUUGUUUGCCAAAGACGUUUGUUUCCUGCCUUCUUUUCUGUCCAUGUCUUUGUAUUGGCUGACGCAAUAAAAAUGUCCAGCCAAUCUCCCAGCCUGUUA